AGUCUCAAUAUGGACUUGUAAGUUUAUCACAUGUCACCAAUACCCUACACGAGUUCAACGUCCUUGGUGGGUGCACUUGAGGCUACGUGUCACUAUCAUUUUAAUCGCAGGGCGGUAGUCGCCCGAAACUCAACCUGAGGUAGGAUGGUGACCUCGAAGCUUCGCCCGUUGGAUCAGCGAGCAAAACAACUCGCGCAGGUGUAUGCUGCGCACCGACCUCUGGUACAACGAGGACUCACGGUUGGCUUCGUCUUGUACGUGCUAAUGGCCGCAUAUCGUGGUCUUGCCGCCCGCCCAACCACAAGGAGGGACAAGGAGAAGGACUCGGCAGAUCGAAAGGACGGAAAGCCCGCCCGUGUCGCCGUUGAUGCCAUAUUUUAUCAAAGGUUGGGUAUCAUCUUGCGUAUUGUUAUACCAAGCAUACACUCCAAGGAGGCCCUGUUACUUUUCAUGCAUUCAAGCCUCCUCAUUUUCCGUACUGCCAUCUCGUUGUAUGUUGCCGCUUUAGACGGAAAAAUUGUUGCAUCUCUCGUGCGCGGGCAGUCUCUCCAAUUUCUCCUCAACAUAAUACGAUGGUUGUUGGUUGCAAUUCCGGCUACUUGGACGAACAGCUGGCUUAGCUACGUCCAGAACAAGCUCGCUCUCGCAUAUCGUACCCGACUGACCAAAGAAGUGCUUAAGAUGUACCUUGGUGAUGAAGCAGAUGGCCCAGAGGGCAAAGUUUAUUAUAAACUUUCUAAUCUUGACGACAGGAUAAAGAAUGCUGACCAGAUGAUAACUCACGAUAUUCAACGGUUCUCCACGCACCUUGCAGUAAUUUACGCGAACCUCGCGAAGCCAAUCCUUGACGUGAUACUUUACAACUACCAACUGUCACAGAACGUAGGGGCAGAGGGUCUUGUCCUUCUCACUGUUUUAGUUCAGACAUCUGCUGCGCUAUUACGUGCUCUAACUCCUUCCUUUGGGACAUACACAGCUCAAUCAGCUGCGUUGGCCGGCUCGCUUCGACAUACACAUUCUCGCCUCUCCGAGUUCGCAGAGGAGAUCGCCUUUUUUGGUGGCGAAGAGACGGAGAAGCGGCUAAUCGAACGUGAAUAUGCAGCACUCGUUCAACACGAACAAGGAGUAAUGAAUAAGAGAUGGUGGUACGGGUGCGCGGAAGAAGGUAUUGUCAAGUGGCUGUGGGGCAGCUUUGGGCUUGUCGUCUGCGCAAUUCCUGUUUUCUUCAAGUUGCCUGGAAUAUCAAAUUUCGACCUAGGUAGCCGCACAGAAGGUUUCGUGACAAACCGAAGACUACUUCUUUCUUCAUCAGAUGCCAUAGGUCGCGUGAUGUACUCGUAUAAAGACCUGGCGGAUCUCGCGGGCUACACUUCACGAGUAUCCCUUUUGCUUGACACUAUGUCAGACAUGCGAAAGGGCAAGUUCGAGAAGAGUCUUGUGAGUGGUGCGACUGAAGGAGAGAAUGGAGAGAUUUUGCGAAGCCGCGGACAAGUUCUCCUCUCGGACGAUAUUCAAUUUGAGAACGUCCCAAUCGUUACGCCAAAUGGUGACAUUCUCUUGAGAAGUUUAACCUUUCACGUCAAACCUGGGGAACACCUGUUGAUUGUUGGUCCAAAUGGUUCUGGGAAGUCUUCGCUGUUCCGCAUCCUGGGCGGCCUCUGGCCUGUUUACGGCGGCAUUGUUCGGAAGCCCCCCGCGUCAGAUUUUAUGCUCAUACCCCAACGACCCUAUCUUUCACUCGGAACUCUCCGUGACCAAGUUAUUUAUCCGCACUCACAACAAGACAUGGUGGCCCGUGGAGUGACAGACGCGGACCUCCUCGCGGUACUUGAAAGGGUCCAGAUGGGAAGCAUCGUUGAGCGAGAAGGGGGUUGGGAUGUUGCGCACGAGUGGAGAGACGCGCUUAGCGGAGGCGACAAGCAGAAGAUCGCUUGGGCACGACUCUUCUAUCACAGACCCAAGUAUGCCAUUCUUGACGAGGCAACCUCACUCGUCCCUCCUGACAUGGAGGGUACGAUGAUGGAACAGGCAACUGCCCUCGGGAUUACGCUACUCACUGUAUCUCAUCGCCCAUCACUGUGGAAGUAUCACUCAACGAUCUUGCAACUGGAUGGUCAGGGCGGAUAUAUCUUCACGCAACUGGAUGCAGAGAAACGUUUGGCGAUUCAAGAAGAGAAGCAGUAUCUAGAGACCAAACUGCUUGAAAUACCGAAGAUGAAGUUACGUCUCGCUGAACUGCGGCUUAUCGCGGAUGCAAAUAGAAGUAUAUAGUAAUUUUGACUGUGCGGACAUAUUAUUAUUAUUAUGGGCCACCAAUAAAUUUUCUAAGGGGCA